AGGCCGCCUGGCCGUUCCCCCCGUUCCCCCUCCCUCCAACUCGAACAGAUCGGCGGUCAAAACCCUAACCUUCCCCGGUCAAACCUCCCUCGGGUAGCCUGGGAUCCCCGAUUCGAGCCCCCAAUACGCCUUCUCGCUACUCUAGGAACCCAAUCCCAUCCGGAUGGGCAAUGGCGUCGGCGACGGCGAUGCUGCGUCGGGGAGGAGGUGCCCCAAGCACCCGUCGGAGCCGUCCUUCACCGGCUUCUGCUCCGCCUGCCUCCUCGACCGGCUCCACGCUACCAAUCUAAUUGGUGUGGCCUCCCCAUCCCAGCCUCCUCCUUCCCUUCCCUUCCACCAGGACGACCUGGAGGAGCCGCCGCCUCCUUGCUCCACAGAGGCAGCGGGGAGGAGGAUAGGGGCGGAGCGGACCACGCUCCUUCGCCUCUUCCAGCUAGAGGACCAAGGACGAGAGGAGCGGGCGGAGGACACCAACGCCGCGCCGUCCACCAGUGGCGGCGAUGGCCAAGAUCCGCCGCCUCACCUGCAGCGCAAGCGAUCCCUUCGUCACUCCUGCAGCGAAUGGAUCGCCUGCUGCGACGCCUCCGCUGCCGCCAACCACUCCUCCUGCCUUCCCUCCCGCCAGUCGCUUGAUGCCUCCUCCUCCACCACCUCCGCUGCUGGUGGUGUGGCGCCUGCUAAUCCCUGCCCCAACGACGCCGCUGCUUCUUCUUCUGCAAGGAGCAAUGGCGUCGCCAUGGUCGAGAGGAGGACGGGGAGCCGCAGGUGGAACGAAUUGUGGGCAAUCAAGGGCCUCCUCGCCAAGCCUGCCGGGCAUCUGCUCGGCAGGUCCUUCUCCGAGUCCUCCAGGUCAAGGUACGCCCUCCACCCCGGCAAUGGCACUGGCAACAUCGCAAGGUCGUCCUCAUCGCAGUCCCAAGGUAUUCGCCUCAACGGCAGCCGCUCCGUGUCUUCAGCUGGGAAUGGCAUGGACUCCUCUGAGAUAUCACUCCCCGGUGAUUCUGUUGGACAUGCUCAUGUCCACCGUAGCCAGCCUCGCCUCAAGGACAGGCUCCGCUGGCUUCGCCGCAGCCACAGCGUUCACUAUUCUUCACCUACCAGAGUUGUAGAUGCCGGUCUCACUCCUUUCAGAAGCAGAAGCAGCAGCACCGGGAGCACGUCGCACAAGAACCACCACAGGUUUGCUGCCGGUUUCUUUGCUGCCCAAAGAAAUCGACAAUGACAAGUGCUGGAGCUGCUAUAUUGUAGUUGAAUCAGUAACUAAUAUAAAUUACCUCAAGAUUGUAAACUAGCAUGGUAAGCUGAUAAUAUGUCCUCAUUCUUUUUUGUAAUGUGUAUGUUGAAGGCAGAAUAAAUUGCAAUGUUCAUUCCUCGCUGUCAAUCUGCCAUGGCUAAUGAUGAAGCUAUGUGAUGUAGUUGAACUAAUAAUACCAAGUGAUUCCAUACUUGAGCUACUUGCAGCUCACUGUCAAUGGAGUCUUGGAGCUGAGAUGCGUAUUGUCACUCAGAUAUUUUAACCAGAUCUAAAUGUCACUGAGCUUUUUGGUAAAGUUGCCAUAUAUACUGGUGAAGACCAUUUGAAUAUGUACGGAUUCUAGUAA